AAAAUCUGGGCUCAUCGAGUCACGUGGGGUCGGAUCAUUCUCCAAUAGAUUUCCCAGGCAAAUGGCGAGGGUUUCUCCGAUACAUCGCUGGUCAUCCGUGGCGGCUGCGGGACGGCACCUCUGUUUGAUGUGAUGCUUGGCGCAGUCGUCUCCUCCGCGUCCGCCUCCUCUGGAGGACUGCGGCUUCCAUUCCCGGUCUUCGCUAGCGCGGCUCGGAGGACGAUGCAGAUGCCUCUGUCGACGCGGCGCCCUCUCGCGCCUCCUGACGCCACCGCUUCCUCCUUGGCCCCCAGCGAAUCUACCCGCAGGCCUUGGCUCCUCGUCGGGCUCGGAAACCCUGGAAAGAUAUAUCAGGGAACACGGCACAAUGUGGGUUUUGAGAUGAUAGAUUUUAUAGCGGAAUCUGAAGGAAUAUCUAUGAGUACUAUGCGUUCAAGAGCUCUGUUUGGAAAAGGUUUCAUCUGUGAUGUUCCUGUCAUGCUUGCAAAACCACAAACCUUCAUGAAUGCUAGUGGUGAAUCGGUUGGACCAAUAAUAUCAUACUUCAAUGUACCUCUCAAUCAAGUGCUUUUGAUGUAUGAUGAUUUAGAUUUGCCAUUUGCAAAACUGCGCUUAUUGCCAAAAGGUGGACAUGGCGGCCAUAAUGGGAUGCGGAGCGUGAUCAAUCACCUGAAAGGAAGUCAUGAAUUUCCUCGUUUAAGAAUAGGUAUCGGAAGACCCCCCGGGAAAAUGGAUCCUGCGAGCUUUGUUCUCCGACCAUUUAACAAAAAGGAACAAGAAGAGCUAGAUUUUGCCUUUCAAAGAGGGCUGGAAGCAGUGAGAAUUCUAGUUGAAGAAGGGCUCAACAAGAGUGCCACAUUUGUAAACACUGCACAAUCACAAGUUCUGAAUAGCUAGGCACCUGGUUGAUGAUUAUGAUGAUAUUUUUGCUUUGGAAUCAACAAGAUCAUGUGGAUCAAUCUUUACACCUUGAUUUAUGAUUUUUUUUUUCCUGAAGAACAAGAGGUAAUUCACACACUCCUUGGUUUGGAAGAAAAAUCAUGGAAUCACUUUCUCCUGUAAUUUAUUCAUGUUAUAGGAAUAAGAAAACUUUGGUGAAGGGACUUAAUUG